AUGCCUCUCCUUCUCCCACCAUCCCCAAGCAUUACAAGCAACAAACUCAAACUCUCAACCCUGACCUUCGUAACUUCCAACGCUGACAAGAUUCGCGAAGUCACCUCAAUCUGCAAACGGUAUGGUAUAAGCGUCAGUGUAAUGGGUAUUGAUCUCCCAGAGUUACAAGGAUCGAUUGAAGAGGUGGCAAGGGAAAAGUGUCGUCAGGCUGCUUUGGCUGUAAACGGCCCAGUCUUGAUAGAAGAUAGUGCACUUAUAUUCCACGCUUUGAAUGGUUUGCCAGGCCCUUAUAUAAAAUGGUUCUACCAUUCCCUCGGCCUCCAGGGACUUAACCGCAUCCUAGCCGAUCACGAGGACAAGUCCGCCGCCGCAGUGUGCACAUUCGCAUUCUCAUGGGGUCCUCGACCCGCUCCAACAAACGAGGAUAGUGAUAGUGAUGGCGGCGAUGGCAGCAGCAGUGAGCCAGAAGUAUUCCUUUUCCAAGCACGGAAUGAAGGAAAAGUAGUUCCCGAAAGGGGGGAUUUUGGAUUCGCAUAUGAUCCAAUCUUCGAAUAUGAAGGAAAGACGUAUUCGGAACUCCAGCCUGAGGUUAAGAAUCAAGUCUCGGAUCGGUCGAAGGCAUUGACCAAGUUUAUAGAUUGGUUGGCUAGUUAG